ACUCGAAAACAUCGUCUAAUGUCCAACUGGUCUGGGCUCUACUUCAAAAAUAACAAUAAUAAAAAAAUUGUGCUGCAAAAAAACCCCUCUAGCCUCUGCUGUCUUGGCUGUUCCCUACUCUCUUUUCACUUGCAUUAGGUGGUGAGAGAAAAAAAAAAAAACCUUUUUCAAUCUCUUUGAUAGAAAUAGAAAACGAAGCCGAAAAAUUUAAGAAAAGAAACGAACAAGAGUGAGAGAAAUGGGAAUAAAAGGAAUAGUAAAGAAAGCAAUGGAGUUGGGAGAGAUGGGAUUCAACAAAGAAGGUGGAGCCAUUAACUGGUUCCCAGGCCACAUGGCCGCCGCCACCCGCGCCAUCCGUAACCGCCUCAAGCUCUCCGACCUCGUCAUCGAAGUCCGCGACGCCCGUGUCUGUACAAGAUAUAUUCAUUAUAUUCCCUUUUCCUCUGCUCAUCAAGACUUGCAGCCUCAGCUUUCUGCUAAAAGACGCAUCGUUGCUCUCAAUAAGAAAGAUUUAGCCAACUCCAAUGUCCUCAAUAAAUGGGUCCGUUAUUUUGAUUCGUGUAAGCAAGAUUGCCUUCCUAUAAAUGCACAUAACAGAAGUUCCAUUAGAAAGCUUCUUGAGCUUGUGGAGUUCAAAUUAAAGGAAGUGAUUUCGAGAGAACCUACUCUCCUUGUAAUGGUGGUUGGUGUUCCUAAUGUGGGGAAAUCAGCUUUGAUUAAUUCAAUCCAUCAAAUUGCAUCAACCCGUUUUCCUGUGCAGGAGAAGAUGAAACGAGCCACUGUGGGCCCAUUGCCAGGUGUUACUCAAGAUAUUGCUGGGUACAAGAUUGCUCAUCAACCUAGCAUUUAUGUGCUUGAUACACCAGGAGUACUAGUCCCAAGCAUCCCAAAUGUAGAGACAGGGUUAAAGCUAGCUUUGGCAGGUUCUGUAAAGGAUUCAGUGGUUGGUGAGGAUCGCAUUGUUCAAUACCUGCUGGCUGUUCUAAAUACUCGAGGCACUCCACUUCACUGGAAGCAGGUAGCUAAUCAAAGGGAAGAGAUCACCCAAAUUUCUGAAGACAAACCAGACUACAAUCCAAAAGAUCUUCGUGCAAACAGAAAGAGGGCGCUCAAUGCAUCUGAUUUGCUGUAUGUCAAGGAUCUUGUGAAAGAAGUCCAACAUGCAUUGUAUAUAACUUUGUCUGAGUUCGAUGGUAAUAUGGAAGAUGAGAAUGAGUUGGAGUGCCUUAUAGAACAUCAAUUCGAAGUGCUGCAGAGAGCAUUGAAGAUACCUCAUAAAUCAUCCGAAGCUCGUUUGAUGGUAUCAAAGAAGUUUCUUACUUUGUUUAGGGCAGGUAAACUGGGUUCUUUUGUCCUUGAUGAUGUCCCUGAGUGAAACCUUGUAUCAUAAAAUAUAUUUCCGGAAUUUUCACAGCAAUAUGAAGGAAUGGUGAUUGUACUACCUCGCUGGUUUUUAGCAGCAAUAUAUUUUCUUUUUUUUUUCUUUCUUUGUUCUGUUAAAACACAACUGAAGAAACAUGCUAGGUUUUUAUCUUUCUGGUCAUUGGCUUUUUCCU